AUGAGCUCCACCUACUACAACAAGCGAAAAAGGCCCAUCGUCAUCACGGUGAUCAUUCUCGUCGUCAUUCUUAUCAUCACCAAGAUCACCACCUCGAAGAACUCAGGUAAGAACUUCGGCGAGGUGCUCCAGAACAUACCCAACGAGAGCAUUUUGGGGUUGUCCAACCUCAUCACCAACGAAAACGAAAAGAGCCAGGACGAGUUCUUGACCAAGCUCGAGAAAAUGAACUCGAAGUUCUUCCAGUUGCAAGACGAGCGUUUGAAGAAGUUGGAGCGUCAGAACGAGCUCUUGUUGGAGCAAAUCAAGUUGUUGAAGAACCCUCCCCAGCAGAGCUCGUUGCGCGAGAAGUUGGUCUAUUUGUAUCCCUACGACCCAACCGUCAAGUUCCCAGCCUACAUCUGGCAAACCUGGAAGCACGGCUUGAACGACGAGAGAUUCGACGAGUUGUAUCGUGAGGGUGAGUCUCAGUGGGCCUGGAAGAACCCCGGCUUCGUGCAUGAGUUGUUCAAUGACGACACCUCCCAUACCAUGAUCAAACACUUGUUCAAGCAGAUCCCCGAAGUCAUCGAGGCCUUCGAGAGCUUGCCUGAGGUCAUCUUGAGAAUGGACUUCUUCAGGUACCUUAUCUUGUUUGCUAAGGGAGGUGUGUACUCCGAUAUCGACACCUAUCCAUUGCAACCAAUUCCAAACUGGAUCCCAGAAAACGUCCUGCCAGACGAGUUGGGAAUGAUUAUCAGCAUCGAUACCGACUCCUCGUCCCCUGACUGGAAGUCGGAAUCGGUGAGAAGAUUGCAGUUCUGCCAGUUCGUGAUUCAAGCCAAGCCAGGCCACCCUAUCUUGAGAGAAAUCAUCGCCAACAUUGUGGAAGAUACCUUGGCUAGAAAGAGCGAGUUGAUGAGCAACGAGCAGUUGAGACUCACCGGUUCCUCCAACCAAAGAAGUCUUGAAAUUUCUAAGUGGACCGGUAGUGGCAAGUGGACCGAUAUGGUGAUGAGAUAUUUCAACGAUUAUCUUCAAUCAUCCAUAUUCCAGAAGAUUACUUGGAAGGAAUUCCACGACUUAAAGAUCCCCAAGUUGGUUAGUGACAUUUUGGUGUUACCAGUCCACUCGUUUGCCUCAGAAAUAGAAAUUCCAAAGGACGGAAAGAUCGAUGAUCCAUUGGCGUUUGUCAAGCAUUACUCUGCAAAGAUAUGGAAAACAACCUAG